AUGCAGGGCGAACCACCAGCAACAAACACAUUGACUGCGGAGAGGCCAGAUAUGAAGUCUUUGAUAUGGCCUCGACCUCCAGUAAACUACAAAGGCGGCGUUGUGCGGAGAAAACGGCUGUUGAUUGGCUACGUGGCUGCGGCAGCCCCACCAUGCACCAAGACUACAGGCGGCAAGGCGCGUCAAACAAAGGAAGGACGGAAGAGAACUCGAAAAGGGGAACUUGCAGAGAGGAAGUCGAACACUCCAAAUGCUACUCCUGCUGGAAACCAACGAGCAGCUGCAGCUCCAGGUCGUCAGAUCCGCGGACCGCAAUCUGCUCUGACCGACUUCCUCGCUUCGCAUAAUAUCAGCGCGAAUCAGAUCCGCCAAGAUGCGAACGCUCGUCGAGCAGCCGCCUUAGCUGCCCAGCAAGCUGUGGAUGCUACAGACAAUGCCCCUUCGCCAGGAAUGGAGGCAGAUGAUAGUCCAGCUCCAGCCCCGGCUCGUGCUCGGAGAAGUGAGAGCAAAGCCCAGUCCGCAAAAAGGAAGAAGGACGAAGAAAAAGCCAUCGCAAAGAUCAAGGCCUCGAAGACUUUCCAACGCCGCCGACAAAAAUACGAUUCUGAUGACGAAAUGUCCGACGAGGAUGAAGCCGCUCGGGCCAUAUUCGAAGAGAGAAUGGCGCCUCUGCCAGACCAGAUGGAGAAUUGUGAGGACUGUGGCAAUCGCUUCAGAGUUACACCAUACAGUCGCAAGGGCGAAGAUGGAGGGCUUCUGUGCCCGAAAUGUUCUAAGGAACUCGACAAAGAGGAAAGUAGAGCCACUAAGAGGAGAAAGACUAAUGCUGGACGACAACGACGGCAAAUCCAAAGCAACCUUCUUGAUGGUAUUUAUCCUGGUGCAAAAGACCUCAUGACCCUUUGUAUCGAAACUCUUGCCAAGAAUGUUGAUAUGGCUGAAGACUUUGGAGAUUUGCCACCAGCAAUGGUUGAAAGGCUUUCAGGGAUCCUCUGCAAGAAACGAGAGAUGAGAUCAGACCCAUUAAAUCUUUUCCUUCGCCCCGGCAAUGACACAGUCACAGUCUACGAUGGAGCUCGACUCUCCUCAGAUGACUACAUCAGAAUCUUCCAGUACUGUCCAACUGUCAAGGAUCUACGUCUCCGGGACGCUGUCCAAUUUAAGAACAAGGUUAUGGAUCAUUUCCUCUCAACCAAAAUUAAAUUGGAAAAGCUUAAUCUUCAUGGUGCUAACCUCAUCGAUGACGAGAGAUGGAACCGUUUCUUCAAGGAGAAGGGCGAGAACCUCAAAGCGUUCAAGCUUCAUUAUACUGAUGGCCACUUUGGGGACGAGCAACUUGCGCUCCUUCCCAAGACCUGCCCGAAUCUGACCAGACUCAAGAUCGUACACAACCAAAAAGUCACAGACGAGGGUCUCGAACAUAUUGCCAAGAUCUCGAGUCUAGUGCACCUUACCAUCAACAUCUACGGUCAAACGAGCUCACCCCCAUAUGUCGAAAUCAUCAAUGGUGUUGGCCCUGCACUUCGCACUCUUUGCAUCGACAAGGCCAGUAUAGACGACAGUGUUUUGGAAGCCAUCCACGAGAACUGCCAAAACAUUCAGAAGCUUCGUCUCACUGACAACGAAUUCAUGACUGACAGGGGUUUCGCCAAUCUCUUUUCAAACUGGUACAACCCCCCACUUACCUACAUCGACUUUCACAAAUGUCGUCACAUCGAUUCAAACGAUCCUCGUGAUAAUACAAAUGGUAUCGGGUUCUCAUCCUUGGGAUUUGAAGCUCUCAUGGCCCAUUCAGGAAAGACCCUCAAACAUAUCGACAUAAACUCCUGCCGACACAUAUCAUUGGAGACCUUUGAACGUGUUUUUGCUGUCGACAAGAAGUACUUAGACUUGACGUUUAUGAACAUCAGUUUCUGUCAGGCAGUCAACGACUUUGUGGUCGGUUGCAUCUUUAGAUCCUGUCCUAAUAUCAAACAGUUGGUUGUUUUUGGCAAUUUUGGUGUCAGGAGUGUCAAGAUUCCAAAGGGUAAGAUUUUGACUGGUAUCCCCACCGCGAUGGGUAUGCAAACUGAAGGUACGGAGGAUGGCGAGGGGCGUAUUGCUGGUUAA